AUGCCUCAGGAUGAGAAGCGUCCUGGAAUGGCCUUCCCCCACAAAAUAGCAAAAGAGGCAGAAGGAGAUAAUGAAUGGGACUCGGGAGACCCCUUUGAGGCCUUGGAGAAGCUCCAGGGACUCUCUGGUGGGGAGAAGGGGGAGAAGGCUUUGCUGCGCUCCCGCCUCCACGAACAGUCUCAGCUGAUCUGUAUCCUGAAGAAGCGAGCGGAUGAGCAACUUCUGCGCAGCAAGGCCCUAGAGCAGCUCAACACGGAGCUGGAAGAGCUACGGAUGGCAGAUGCUCUGAGGCUGGAGAGCCAGACACGGCGUGUCCAGCAGCUGGAAGAGCGCUUUAUGGACUUGGCCGCCAACCAUGAGGAUAUGAUCCACUUCAAGGACGAGCACAAGCGGCAGAACAUGCAGCUGAGAGAAGAAAACCGGCGCCUGCGUCAGGAAAACCAGAGCCUGUUCAGCCAGCCUAUGAAAGAGAAAGAGGCCCAGCUGGCUCAGCUCACUUUGGAGUUCAAAAAGCUCUCCAAGGAAAUGGAGAGCUUACAGGAGAGGCAUAAACAGGACAGCCAUUGUGCUCAAGAGCGGGAGAAGGCGCUCCUAGAAGUCCAGAGCACACAAGCCCAAGCUCAUGCGGAGGAAAUCAACUCGUUGAGAAGCCAACUGGAAAUGCUACAGGAGAAACAUACUCAUGCCCUGGAGCAACUGGAGAAAGCGGAGAAGCAGCUGAGAGAAGCAGAGAGCAGACUGGAAGCCAAGCUCCAGAAGCUGACCAGUGAGAAGGAAGAACUGCUGACCCUGGCAAUGGACAGAGGCAAGGCACUGCAGGAGAAGCAACGAGAGAUCCUGCAGCUGGAGAAGAAGGCGGAAGACAUGGAGAAGGCCAAGCAGGCGGCAGAGCAGCGCUUUGAGGCAGAGGCGGCGCUGGUGGACAGCAACCUUCGGGUUCGAGACCUGCAGCGGCGCCUGGAUAUGGCGCAACAAGCGUACACAGAGCUCCGGCUGCACUUUGACGCAUACAAGAAGCACAGCAUGGAGUUGCUCACUAAAGAAAAAGAGUUAAAUACCAAACUGCGCCACUUCAUGGCCUAA